UGAGAACACUUCCUUUUUUUAUGUUUCGAGAGCUUCGAGAUGGGGGAGAAAGACUACGAAGUAACGUACAAGAUCCUCAUUCUUGGAGACAGUGGUGUGGGAAAAACUUGCCUGAUCUUCAGAUUUAUAGAAAAUAUUUUUUCUGACUCGUAUAUAUCCACUAUAGGUAAGUUAGUUGUUUUGCAAAGUUGCAAAGAAACCUGCAUAUUUGAUGAUGAGCUUCAUAAGCUUGAGCUUGUUUAUGAAAAACGCAAGCUAAUUAAUCAAAAUAAAACGUUUUUUAGCUGAAAGUAAAGAAAGAAAUAUGCGUUCAAAUAAGUUCAAUUUUGGAGGUUAUAUAUAUCGUUGAUCAACCUAUAAGUGGAAAACAAUAAUUUAUUGCAAGUAUUUGAGCAAACCUUACUUAUGCAUUAGCCCAACAAUACAUCGUAGUUUAGCGCAUAUCAGCUGCAGUGUCUGCCAGGUUUCAAACGUGCACAGCUUGCUUAUAGAACUUAUGUUGUGAUCGUAGUUAACCUAUCUAAAUACGCGCUAGUUCCAAUAUAGUUCCAUAUUUCAAAAGUGAAGACAUACCUAAUAUGUCAAGGGUAAUUGAAAGUUUCACACUUACAGUUUUAAUUAAAUAAUUAUGAGCUCGAUCCGAAUGCUCAGCGGCAAUGCUUCAUCAAGAUAUUUUAAUUCAUUUCCGUUUCAAAAUUUGCGGAAUAAAAAAAAUCUUUAAAUCUACGCAUAUUUCUCUAUUUCUCUAUCAAGGUAUUGACUGCAGGAGUAAAAUAGUAGACCUUGAUGGCAAAAGAGUGCGUCUACAAAUCUGGUAAAAUUUAUUGCUAUUUAAGUUAUGUGGAUUUCUAAAUUAGCUGUCAUGAUUACAAUUUUCGUCACUGGGUCUGGUUCUCAAAAAGGAAUCUAUGGUAAUUGAAGCCUGAGAGUUUUUUUCCUUUGGAUCAAGUACAUUAAUGUAGAACUGGACCAGAAGCAACCUACUACCUUUACCUUACCUUUAGAUACUUUGAAAACUUUAUGUAGUUGUCUUUUCUUAUCUUACAUCAAUUAUUGUAGUUUAAUAUGGGCAUUUACAUAUGCUCCUUAUUACCUUGAACCACUAUAUGUACUUAUUAAAAGAAAGCCAUUCGAAUAAUUACGUUUUCUAAUCUGCGCACAACCUUCAAGGGGCACCCAAUGACUGUUUUCCGUAAAACAUCUGUUCGGAGAAGCAAAUGUUGCCUAGAAUUUUGAGGACAGCUAAAAAAUUCCAGAUAGAUAGAUGACCGUUCUAUUCAUCUACAAGUUUUGAAGCUUAUCUAAUAAAUCCUCUGUGAUUUUCUGAAGUCUAAUUUUUCAUGAUUCAUUCCCCAGGUAAGGCAAUUUUUUGUUGAAAAAAGGAAACCUUAAAUUUUUGGAUUAAAAAAUGCAAUGGAGAGAGGAAUCAGGAAAAUUCUUACUUUGAUAAUAAAUUAAAUUGCAUCUAAAAUUUUCAGGAAAAUAAUACUGAAGCCCUUGUAAUUUUGAAAGGCUCAAGUUGCCCUAGGAUGACUGAACAGAUACAAAUUUCAUAGCACCGCUUAGAAUAAAUUCUAGAGAUCUUAAAGUGCUCUGGAUAGCCGAAAAAGUGAUUUCAAUGUGUGUAGGAGGAGACCGUCGUUGGGUGCCCCCGACCCUCUAAGCCCCUUUUUUUCUCUCCACUGUAUCCAUAAAUUCCAUGCUGCCUGUUUUGUAUUUUCACAUUUUAAUAGCCUUUUACCUACUCCUGUUUCCUCAAUCCUACAUUUUAAUUCUGAAUAUCACGAUUAUAUGACUCGUUCAAGUUUUAAUCUGCAUAAAACCUUGUCAUAAGUAUCAAUUUGAUAUCACUUUGCAAGCUUCUAUUAUUUGGAAUGAUAUUCUGUUAACUGUGCACAAUAGCCUUCACAACAAUUAACUUUAAAAAAAGUACUUGAAUUAGCCUAUGCAUAAAUGGUUGAAGGGCUGUAGAAUUUAUAUCCCUUAAGUUUAUAGUUUAAUCUAAUCUCUAAUGUCACCAAUUUUGUAUACCUUGUUGGACUAUUCUAGGUGUAUUUGUUUGUAUGGUCUAUAGGAAUAUGUUAUCGAGUGUUUGUAAAUUUAGUAGUCGUAAUUAGUUGCUGAGUAUUUAAUAAUAAUUACUUGUUAGUUUAAUCAAGCUUAAACUUAAUUAAACAUGUUAAAACAUGUAGUUUAAUCAAGUCUCCUGUCACCAAUUUUGUGUACCCAGCUUUGGUUGUUCUCAUGUAUUUUUCUGAGUGUGUGAUAUGUAAUUAAGUAAAAGUGAAAGUUAAGUUACUUUAAUUUUUGCAGUUUUUCUGCUGCCACUACCUUUGUUCCAGAGAUUCCUUGCAUGGAUCUUCGUCAAUUUGUCAGACAAAGGCAGAAUAAACAAAGACAGCACUAGCUAGAAAAUAAUUUCCUCCAAAGAAAAGAUUAAUGUUUGCAGAAAAUUUGCAGUCAAAUUAUCUUGAUUAAUAGACUGCUUUAUGCAGGCCCUGGAGUGUAAUAUAGUAGACUGUCUGGUUGUGUUGAAUUUUUCGGAAAAUAGUGGAGCUGGAACCCUAAAGCCCUUUUCCAGGUUGAUGAUCACCUUAGCCUCAAUGUUGGUCAUGACAGCUUAUGCAUGAUGUUCAGCCCGGUCAAACUCUUUCAUAAGCUGUGAGUCUGACAUUGCCAUUUAUGCUACUGCUCUGUAUAUUUUAUCUUCAAGCCCAGCUGAAGGUCUGCCAUCUGGAGCUCUAGACCCAUAAGAGGCUUCAUCGAUAGCUCCAUUAUUCUGUCGCUCAAGGCCAUAAGGGGGGUGGGAAGGGGUCAAUUAUUUCAUUAAGUUUGCCCUCAUCAUAUUUAUGCUCAUUUAUAGGAGCAAAACAAACGCUGAAACUGGAAAUUAUAAGUGGUCAACUUGUUUAAGAUGGAAACUCUUUUGGUUGUUGGAAAAAGAGGCCAGAACAUAGUUUUCCAUAUUUUGAGACACAGAAUAAACUACAUUUGCCAGCCCUGUAGAAAUUAAUUAGAACCAGUUAGUCAGAUUCAUAGGCUCAAUUACAAACUAAUCACUUCCAUAUUAAGUAUGUAACAAUUAAAUUAUGUAUUUGAGAAAGUGACUUUCCUGUUCCUGUUGACGUUAGGGAUACUGCAGGACAGGAAAGAUUUAGAACCCUCACAAGUGCAUAUUUCAGAGGAGCAAUGGUAUAUUUUUCUAAUUUAUUAAAUUGCAUUUGUAUUUGAAUAGAUACAGUAUUUAAUUUUCAGUUAACUAUAUCAAGAAAACAAGGCCAAAAAGUCAAAUUGAUGGUAAGCAGCAAGAAAGCAUUUAAGACACUGUACAAGCGUAGCUCUUUGAAAAAGUCACACAGCCGCACAUUAACUGCUUUUAUUAAUGAUCAUCACUCUGACUCUUUUAAUAUAAAAAUUAUUGUUGUUGUUUGGUUAAAGAACUGGCCUCAGUUGUUCAAAAGGUGGAUAACUAACCCCCUUAUAGAGAUAUUUACUUAUAUAUGUAAAUGUAAGAGUGAACUGCACUGAAGGUUGUUAAUGUGAGCAUAAGUCAAUAGGCUGUACAUAAAAAGUUGAGUUUCUUGGAAAGUGAGGGUUGAAGCUGCUUGGUUUUUGAGGUUUAUAACUUUGGCAAAAUUUAUGCACAGCAUAGAUCUGAUUAGCAUGGUAGUGAGAUCUUGGUUAAUUAGGUUGAGUGAACUUUAUUUCCUAGCAACACUAGGAUGUGUACAAAACAUGGACCCUCGGUCCAGCAUGGACCACACCUGUGGACCUAGUCCAUGGACCCCCUUCAUGGACCCAGUCCAUGGACUUUCCCUGUGGACCACCUCUAAUACGAGUAUUUGAAGAUGAAUCUUACCAGGUGUCGAAAAAUUAGGGGUUGUCCACAAGGGUAGUCUAUGGACCUGGUCCACGAGGAGGUUAAUGGACUGGGGGUCCAUAUUUUGUAUGUGUCCGCAACACUAGGCAAGCAACAAAGCAAAACCUCAACUAGAUUGGUUGAUUCUUUUUGCUGCCAUUUUGGUGGUCACCUGACCAAACUAAAUUUUAAUAUUUGAAUUCAUUUGACACCAAGGUAAACCCACAAUAAACUUGGCGCAUGAAUAAGUUUCAGGUCCACACCUCAGCAGUAAUUGUAUUACCACUACUUCUGGGCGAGUUUGCGCACGUUGACCUUGCCAAAUGUAUGUUUUUCAUCCUUCAGGUCAAACCAUGCCAAAUUUGUUUCAAACCUCAUUUCAGACUCAUUACACUUUGAUAAUUAUAUUUCAGGGUAUUGUAUUAGUGUAUGAUGUAACUACUGAGGACUCAUUUAAACACAUAGCACAGUGGCUACAAAAUAUUCAGGAUGUAAGUGCAGCACUCAUUAGCCUUUGUAGUUUAUAAAAUACACUGUAUAUAUGACCAGGCAAUUCACAGGAAAAUGCAAAAAACCUGCAGUUUUUAAGACUUAGAAUUCCAUCAAGGAGAGGCCAAGAUGUAAUAUAUCAAGCAUGAGAUGCAGUAUUUAUCACGAGAUGAAACACCAAGAACAGAGUUGAAAAUACGACUCACAGCGGAGUAUUUUUGACGAACUUCGGGUUUCAUCUGGUGAUGGAACACCAUGUCGAAUGCUUGAUUUUACUUCUCAAACCAAUUGACUUUAGAAGGAGAAAUUAAGGAUGCAAAAAUGAGCAGUUUAUCAUCUGUUUUCCAAACACUCAUUAACAUUAAUUUUCUUUGUAUCUUCUUUAUAAAUUAUUAAUGAGUUUAAGAAUGCCAUUUCAGACAGGCAAAAUCCUAAGUCUUAUUCAUUGAACCAGCUCCUUUAAAUACGUGUAUAAUAAAUAAACAUUAUAACUUAAAAGCUAAUGUAAUAGACAAAAUAGGAGCAGCAGACCUGCAUGGGUGUUUACAACAUUGAGCCAAAGGCUCACAAAGGUAUUGUAAGUUCCAUUUGGCCUGAAUUUCAACCAAUUCUUCACUAGGAUUCUCGAGGAGACAGCUUCCAUUUCAAUAACUUUCCUUGUUAAUUUGAGUUAUAAAUCUUAGCUGAGUAUAUUGAAGUAUAAGGACAAUUCUUCUGGACACCAUUCUGUUUGAAGUUUUACGGAUGGUCAUGAUUUUAAACCUUUUUAUUUCAUUCUUGAAUCAUUUAUCAAUUUGCAAUUUUUAUUGUCAUACAGCUCUUUUUGUUUUUUUUUUCUUUUCAGAAUGCAUCGCCUGAUGUUUGUAAAGUCCUUGUUGGCAACAAAAUAGAUUGUGAUGAUGAAAGAGUCAUAGACACUGACAAAGGCAAAUCGGUGGGGCUGGUCUUUUUCAUAAUUAAAGAACAAUGUUGGAGUCAUAAGCUCUUCAAAGAGGCAUACAUUUUACAAGUUAAUCCACGUCACUGUUUUAAUGUUUUUAUUACAUACCCUUCCACUGCCACAUUUGUUGGUAAUGUCCUUGUUCAAGAAAUGUUGAACAGUGAUAAUUUUGACGAAAAAGGCCGUUCAUUUAAACUUAUGUAA